AUGAACCCUGUCCGCGCGAAGCUCAGACGGCUCGGUAUCCUGAUAUGGAUCUUUUCAGAUAUAACGGAACAUACCAGAUCUGGAUCUGUAUCGAUUGUCGUUAUGCUGUCUCUCCCCAUCAACACGAUGCCCAUCUCUUCAGCCUUUACCGUCGCCAUCCAGCCGCUAGAAUUGCAGACCUUCUUCAAGCUGCAUUGA